AUUCAAAAAACCCAUCCCGAGAUAUCCUCAACUCCUUUACUUCUUCCGCUCAAGUACUUCAAUCUUUCUAUCUGCAGAGCAAGACGCCUGUAAAAUUUCCUUUUCUUUUGUUGUCUUUCCUCUUUCCUAAGUGUGAUUCUUAAGAAAAUCAUGGUGCUCUCCUCAAAUCCAAAUAGAUCACCGUCUCCCAUUUCAAGCAGAACAAACCCUAAUUCAAGAUCCCAAGAAAGUAGUGGCAUCAGAAAGAGUUUCAGUGGAGAUCCUUUCACCAGACCAUCUAUCGUUCCAAACCCUAGAGGCUUCAAUCCGGUCACCCCGGCCAACAGUCCUGCAGAUUUUCAUCAGAGGAACUCAAGCCAGAACUCAAGCCAUAGAGAAGGUUUGGCAUCCUUGCGGGUUUCCUACGAGCAAAAAGAGAAUGAAAAGAAUCAGAUUAUAAAGCCAGCGAGAGUAAGAUCACCAGCCGUUUCAACGGGAACGAAGAGUUUCAUGGCUCCUACGGUUUCUGCUGCAUCAAAAAUCAAUGCAUCACCGAGAAAGAAAGUGUUGACUGAAAGGAACGAAGCUGUCAGAACUUCUACUUCAUUUUCUGCAGGAAAAUCUCCGGUCACGGCUAUGAAUCCCUCUGUGUUAGCCGAAGAGAUCAGAUCAAAGUUAGAAACUAUCUUCGAUUCUAAGGUACACUCAGAAGGCUCCCAAAAACCAGUAGUGACUUUAGUAGCUCCUGUUUCUGAUGAACUGAUGAUCGCUGCUAACCCUGAAGACGAUGGGUCUUCUAUCGCAGAUGCCUUUGUCAAUCCUGAGGUACCCACAGAAGCCCUUGACCUCUCAUUGUUUUCACCAGAGCCAAGAGCUGUGGACUCCAGAUGUACUGGUGCAGAUCUGGGUUCCAAGAUUAGGUCUUGUCUUUCACCGUCCCCUGUUUUAGCUCCUCUGGACAUGGAUCCAUGUCCUCCUCCUUACGAUCCAAAAACUAACUACCUCUCCCCUCGGCCUCAGUUCCUUCAUUACAAACCCAAUCCACGGAUUGAAGUUUACUUCAACAAAGAGCUAGAGUAUGAUGAUACAGGAGAGGGAAAGCGACUUGAAGAACGCUUCUCCUCUGAAAGUAGUUCAGAAACUGAGAUUACUGAAGAAUCCCAUUCUCCAAGCCCUGAAAAAGAAUACGAGGAUGCUGCUUCCUCUGAGAUGAUGCCCAAAGAAAAAAAGGAGAACCAUUCCUCUGAGCCUGAACUAACCACUACUCAAGACCAAAACCAGGUCCUCCGAGCUAAUGAGACUCGGAAGCUGCAUUUGUUGGCGAGAUCCAAAUCCAUCUCUCUUCUUCUGGUUCUUGUGGUUGCAUGCUUGUGCUUUCCAGUAACUGACACUCCCAUCCACUAUCCCUCCCUGUUUAAAAGUCAGGCUAUCUCUAAGUUUGAUUCCCCUGCGAGAAUUGCUGAACUUGCAAAAACAAAGCUUCAUGUGUUAUCCCAUGAUGUACAGCUCUGGUCAGUCAGCUCUGUAUCAUAUCUGUCCAAGCUGAUUUCCUUUCCAAACGAAAUGGAAGAGGCUGGUCUUCUUGAAUUCGUUAAUUCAACUUCUUCAGAUGAAAAGCAUUUGGCUGACCUGUGCGAAACUGUAGAUUAUGGUUACAAUGACACAGGAAAAAUACAAGAUAUUGAAACAGAGGAGAAUGCGGAGGAAGAAGGUAUAGCAAAUAUACAAACUAAUGUGGAGUUUGAAGAACAACCACAGCUCAUUGUACAGGCUUCCGAUCUGAAGUCUGAAAUUCCCGACGCAGGGGAGUUCCUGGAAGAAGGUGAUAUUGAUUUAUUACAUAACAACGUUGAGCCAACCAACGUUGCGGUCGCAGAGAAAUGUAGCAACACAGAGCUUGAAGAACAAUCAUCUCUACUUCCAGAGGUUCAGGAUGUGAAACCUGUCAUUUUGGAAGCUGGCUCAGAGGGCGAAAAUGAUGCUGAUUCACCUAUUAACAUUGAUCCGGCUGAUUCAGAAACCACAGCCAAAAUCUCGGGUUCAGAUUAUUCACAUGGAAGUGUCAAUAGUCUGGAUGCACCGGAGUCUUCACUUCAAGGAUCAAAUUAUAGGUUUCCCGAAGGAGAAGUGCUGGGAAUUUCUUCAAUUAUUCUGACACUGUUGAUAGCAGCUCUUCUCUAUCUCAAACAGAACAAGGCGUCUGCUCCCAAGGCAUCAGUACCAGUGGAGCAGUCGGCAAGGAAGAAGUUGAGUUUGUGCUCAAUAUCGGCUAGCAGCGACAAUUUAAAUGAGGAGAGACGUAUUUGGCCAGCAGAAGUUGAGAAAGUGGGUGAGUCAGGUCCAUCGGAGAUGAGCAGCACCGUACAGGGAAGUUCAACAAACCAUGGCAAGAAGGCUUCAGAUAGAGCAAAUGAAGUCCAGAGCCAUGAAAGAAAGUCAAGGAGGAGUGCCAAAAGGGAGUCCUCGACCUCUGCAUCAGAGUUCUCUGCUGAGUCCCCCUCCUACGGAAGCUUUACCACAUAUGAGAAAUUCCAGAGCAAACAUAAAUCUGGAGAUGAAGAAAUGGUGACACCAGUCAGGCGUUCAAGCAGGAUCAAGAAGCAGAUUAUUACUUCCCCUUGAAUUUUUAUUUUUUUUAUUUAGUUUGAGGUUCCUCUGCUCCUCGUGUCGUGUUAGUUUUGGUGCAAUUGGAUGUAGUUUUAAACAUUCUAUUGAAAGAAAUUAGAACAGUGUUCUGCUGUUUUCAUGGCCUCUAGUUUCU